UUCAUUUCUCUCUUCUGCGAACAGUCAGCAGACGAACCCUGAAAAUCGAAAUACCGAACCUGAAACCCUAAAAAGACUCUCUUUUUUCUUUUUUCUAUACUAGUAAUGCAUACAUACAUGUAAAGAUAAAUAUAAAUAUAAAUAUAUACAGCGAGAGAGAAGGGGGUAAUGCUUCGGGCGGUAACUUCUCGGCUCUCUACGAACAUUCUCCACCGCAUAAAUAUAGACAGGCAUUUGAGGUGUGGAAUAGAGGUCAGUCGGUGUUGCUAUUGUUACUCUACUGGACUAGUCCCAUUUCAAAAUGAGGAUUCUGAUUCCCAGAAAAUUGUUGGGGAUGAAUGCAAUUCCCGAGCAUUCACAUCAUCCGAGGUUCGACAUGGUAAUCAAGCUAAGGAUCAGUAUUCAAAGAAUGCACGAGACUUGCGCAAUUUCCAAAUUGGGGAAAAUGUUUCGAGGAAGGACAAGAUGAAUUUUCUUGUCAAGACAGAAGCUAAAGAACUUGUAAUCUGGCAGCUCUUUGAUCUUAAGGAUUCCAAAGAGGCCGUUUAUAGUGCUCUUGAUGCGUGGGUUGCGUGGGAGCAGAACUUCCCCAUAGUUUCAUUGAAGAGGGCAUUGAUUACUCUUGAAAAGGAGGAACAGUGGCAUAGAAUCAUUCAGGUAUUAAAAUGGAUGUUAAGCAAGGGACAAGGCACUACAAGGGGGACAUAUGGGCAGUUAAUACGUGCUUUAGAUAAGGACCGUCGGGCAGAGGAAGCACAUAAUCUUUGGGUAAAGAAAAUCAGUCAUGAUCUUCACUCAGUGCCCUGGCAGUUGUGCCACCUUAUGAUAUCUAUUUAUUAUCGAAAUAACAUGCCAGAGAGGCUUGUAAAGAGAAGAGAAAGCAAGGAAGGCCACAGACUUCACAGGACAAAUGCCUGGUGCAAGAUGACAGCGCUAUUGGUGGAAACGACAUGGAGACAAGUGAAGAGCAUUGUUAAGGGCAAGAAGAUGAAGCUACAUUUGGCAAUGCAGGCAGUUGGACCGGACGACCCAUACAAUGUUCAUGCCAGAAGUUACACAAAUUGUUAUUAUUCCCCUGAAUUAGUUGAAUUAGUUAGUGUUUUGUACAACAAUUUUUAUGUCCGAAAGAUCUAAGAAGAAAAGGACUCCGAUACCUUAUUAUCCUUUUGGUUUACAACCAGACACCAUUCUACUGAUUUUCUGACUUGUCUGAAGUGGAAUCCCUGUAACAUCGAUGCAACCAGCUCUCGCCAAGAAAAGGUCUGCCUUUUUUUUUUUUUUUUUUUUUUAAUGAUUCAGAUUGGUUGUUGAUAUUAACGGAUGGGAUUAAGUGUCUGCAACUCCAACCUCUGAUGCACAGUGAAAUUAUAUUAUUUUGUUCUGAUAUGUUCAAAACAGGAGAUUUAUUCA